ACAACUAAUUACAUUAUCGGGGAACACUGCAGGUGAGCCCUGAGGACGUACAGGGACUCAAGCUGAUAGGACUGCGGAAUCAUAUCCUGUACUGGGACAUCACACAGUAAACAAUUGAGGAGUCAGAAAACAAGUCAAGAAAAUAUAUAGCUUCACUGGAUAUAGCAAAAACCAGAACCAGGGCCAAGGAAGAUUCUUUAUCCCAGAGAUACCUAGUGCGCUAUGGAUACUUACCCCCAACACAAGCCGAGGGCCAAGUCACCCUGAAGAAGUUCAUCACCAGAAUGCAAAACAAACUGGGACUUAAAGAAACUGGGGAUCUGGAUGCAGAAACCAUGAAGGCCAUAAACAGCCCCCGGUGCGGUGUGCCAGAUGUGGGCAAGUUUCAGACAUUUGAGGGCGACUUAAAGUGGGAUCAUAAUGAUAUUACAUACAAGAUCCUCAACUACUCCCCUGAUCUUGACCCUGAAGUGAUUGAUGAUGCCUUUGUGCGCGCCUUCAAAGUCUGGAGUGACGUUUCACCGCUUACAUUUACCCGAAUCUACAAUGGAGAACCUGACAUUAAUAUCUUGUUCGGAUCUGACAACCACGGAGAUCCAUAUCCUUUUGACGGGAAGGAUGGUCUUUUGGCUCACGCAUACCCACCCGGGGAAGGUGUCCAAGGUGAUGCUCACUUUGAUGAGGAUGAAAACUGGACUCUCGGGACUGGAGUGGUGGUGAAGUCUCGGUUUGGAAAUGCAGAUGGAGCUCUGUGCCAUUUCCCAUUUGUGUUUGAUGGUCAGACAUACACCUCCUGCACAAGCGCUGGGCGAUCUGAUGGGCACAUCUGGUGUAGCACAACCGCCAACUUUGACGAGGACAAAAAAUAUGGCUUCUGCCCUAGCGAGUUGCUUUACACCUUUGAUGGGAAUGCAGAGGGAAAGCCAUGUGUAUUCCCUUUUAUUUUCGAUGGUCAGUCUUAUUCUUCCUGUACAAAAGAAGGACGUUCAGAUGGAUAUCGCUGGUGUAGUACCACAGCCAACUAUGAUAAGGAUGGCAAAUAUGGAUUCUGUCCCAACAGAGACACUUCUGUUACUGGUGGAAAUUCCCAAGGCGACCCUUGUGUGUUCCCGUUCACCUUCCUGGGCAAGACAUAUCGCCAAUGUACAAGUGAUGGGCGAGAUGACAAGAAGUUAUGGUGUGCAACAACCUCCAGCUAUGACCAGGACAAGAAAUGGGGAUUUUGCGGAGACCAAGGCUACAGUCUCUUUUUGGUGGCGGCUCAUGAGUUUGGUCAUGCAUUAGGACUGGAGCACAGCAGCGUCCAAGAUGCCCUGAUGUACCCCAUGUACAAAUACAUCAAAGACUUUGAGCUCCAUCCAGAUGACAUAAGCGGGAUCCAGUAUCUCUAUGGAGCUGGAUCUGGUCCAGAGCCCACUCCGCCAAAACCCACCAAGAAACCAAUUCCUACCACCACUCCUGAAACUCCUAUCACCACAACCAGCACAACAACAAGCGUGGACCCUGACGUCCCGGUUGAUCCUACUCAAGACCCAUGUAAAGUCAAAGUUUUUGAUGCCAUUGCAGAAAUACAAGGAGAGCUUCAUUUCUUUAAGGACGGAGUGUACUGGAAGUUACCUGCCAGAGGUCCUCCGAAGGCUUCCACCCCAAUUACAGACACUUGGCCUGCUCUGCCCUCCAAUAUCGACACUGUAUUCCAGGACCCUAAAAGCAAGAAGAUCUUCUUUUUCUCAGGUCGCAAAUUCUGGCAGUAUACAGGAAGUACCGUCCUGGGACCCCGUAGCCUGGACAAACUGGGAUUUGACAAGGAUGUGGAUAGAAUCUUAGGCGCUAUUACUCGAGAUAAUGGGAAGGUCCUGUUGUUCAACGGAGAGAGAUACUGGAGACUUGAUGUCAAGUCACAAACUGUGGAUAAGGGGUACCCCCGAAACACGGACGACGAUUUUGCCGGGGUUCCUACUGACUCUCACGAUAUCUUUGUAUAUCAAGGAAAAUACUACUUCUGUCAGGAUUUCUUCUUCUGGCGCAUGACGUGGCGCAAGCAAGUUGAAAAAGUCGGAUACGUGAAAUACGACCUUCUGCGCUGUCCCGAAAAUUAGACGCAGCAGGGGCGUCAAACCGAUCAGGA